AUGGACCGUUUAAACCUGUAUAUCCUCACCUUCAAUUGCGCCCGCAAUCUCGUCCCCACUGACCGGUUCGCUUCGCAUCUCUUCGACGUGCUUCCGCAGUCAGAUGCAUGUCCGCAACAGUCGGUCGCUCCGCCCGAACUCCUGGUGCUCAGUCUCCAGGAGAUCGCGCCGAUCGCCUAUGCUUUCCUCGGUGGUUCCUUGCUAGUUCCAUACUUUGACGCCUUUCGCUCGGCCGUUGACCUUGCUGUCGCAAAACGCUGGUCGGACGACGACGUCAAGUACGUCAAUGUCGCCACGAAGAAUUGCGGUCUGACGGGAAUUAUGGUCUUUGCCCGUUCGGAUCAAGCAGAGAAAAUCUCGUGGAUUGAAACUGCGGAGGUCGGUGUGGGAGUCCAGGAGAUGGGUAACAAGGGUGCCGUAGGAGUGCGGUUAGGCUAUCUGGAAAGCGACCGCGGAGACGACACGGUGGAUUUGACGUUUGUCGCAGCACAUCUCGCUCCAAUGGAGGAUGCGGUCGACCGGAGGAACGAGGACUGGAGGGGCAUUGUGGAGCGUCUGGUGUUUUCGAAAGAGGGCCCCAACGGCGGUAGAGAAGGGAUGGAUGAAACCGAGGAGCAGGAUGAAAGUGCAGCCUUGCUCCAGGAUCCACGUCGCAGUCAAUCAGGCAUAUUCGUGCCUACGUCGCACCUCUUCUUUGCAGGCGACCUCAACUAUCGCACCUCCGACCUAGGGCCGACGAUAAAUGAUCGCGCUCGAUUCCCUCAACUGAAUGCAGACUCGGAUAGUCCUGUCCAUCACUCUCAACUGUUGAAGCACGAUCAACUUACGAGAGAGAUCCAAGCUCAAAGGACCCUCCAUGGCCUGACAGAGGCGCCGAUAACCUUUGCCCCCACGUACAAAUACUCUCUGGAAGCGCGACUUGCUGCAGCUGAAGGCAGACAGGACGAGCUGAAGGAGUGGAAGUGGGCCAAAAACCGCUGGCCCAGCUGGUGCGACAGGAUUUUAUAUCUCGAUCUGCCGCCAUGGAUGCAAGAAGGUGACCAGAUUCAACCGCAUGGCUAUGAUGCUCUGCCACUGUUUCCCACGUCGGACCAUCGUGCUGUCGCCCUAUCUGUGUCGGUCCCGUUGAAGCCCAUUUCACCGCCUGCCACGGCAAAUCCCAGCGACGAUAUCCGACUAUCCCCUCCAUUCGCCAUUGACCGAGAUUGGCACAGUAAGAGAGCCGCUGCGAGGACCAAGGAGCUUCUCGUGGGCGGUCUUGCGUAUCUGGGUCUGACACGGGAAGGCAAUGGCCUCCUGCUGGCCACGACCUUGGGUGUUGCCGGAGGCUGGCUUGUACUCCGGUCGAUAUUUGAAGGAUGA